CGUGCUGCAGCAGUGGCUCUGCCACCACAAACAGACACACUCACAGACACAUACACACACAAACGGUGGAUGCCGAGAAGUUGAUCUACCAAAAGAGGACGACAGGGAAGUGUUACAAGGCACAAGUUUAACUUGACGACUUGAUUUGUUUCCCCGCUGGGAAGAACUCGGAAGAGGAUGCAAAUCCUGAAAUGGAUGUAACUUUGAUUUUGGACUUCAUAAGGGAAUACUGAGAAGAAUCUGGCGUGCGUCUAUAAAACACAGCAGAGCAACAGAUGAAUGUUUGAAAAGAAGGAGCCAAAAUGAAGACAGCUCCCAAGGGUUUUGGGAAGUCUGUAAUGGACCCUUUACACCGUGAGCGCUGGUGGAACAGUAGGAUAGUGCUAAUGGUGUAUGUGGCCUUGGAACUUGUAACAGUCCAUUCACCCGCAGUCCUGGGGACCCUUGAGUUACAGCUAGACGAGGAACAGCCAGCAGGCACAAUUGUUGGUGACAUCAGUGUCGGACUUCCUCCUGGCAUCACAGCAUCCCUGUACUUCAUCUCCGACCAUGAGGGCACAGGCGUUGGUAUUGAUUUAGACAUAGAUGAGAGCACAGGCAUUAUUAAAACUGCCAAAGUUCUGGACAGGGAACUAAGGGAUAGAUACAACUUCAUUGCAGUCACCAUGACCGGUGUGACCGUGGAGGUAACCAUCAAAGUGAACGACAUAAAUGACCACACCCCAACGUUCCCGAGAAAACGAGUCAUAUUUAAAAUCCCUGAGCAGACAGCCAUCGGCACCAGGUUUCCUCUUGAGCCAGCUGUUGAUGCUGAUAAAGGCCAGUUUACAACGCAGGGUUACCUUAUCAAGGAUGGAAAUUUUGGCCAGGCAUUCACCUUAGAGACCAGGAGGGGAAGCAAUGAGUUUCUCUAUCUGGACUUGGUGAUCAAUGCCAUUCUAGACAGGGAGAAAAGAUCCACCUAUACUUUAUCUUUGGAGGCCUUUGAUGGUGGUUCCCCCAAAAGGACUGAUCAGAUGACAUUGGAUAUUACAGUACAAGACAAUAAUGACAACGCUCCCGUUUUCAACCAGAGCCGCUACCAUGCCAUAAUAUCUGAGAACCUUCAACCGGGAAGCAACAUCCUGCAGGUGUUUGCCACAGACGCUGAUGAAGGAGACAAUGGAUUGGUGCUGUAUGAAAUCAACAGGAGACAGAGUGACCCAGACCGCUACUUUGUCAUUGACUCUCGCACCGGCAUCAUCACGCUCAACAAGCCGCUGGACUUUGAGAUGAGGAGAGUUCACGAACUGGUGGUCCAGGCGCAAGACAAUGCAACCCAACCAGAGGUGACCAAUGCCUUUGUCACCAUCCACGUCAGAGACUACAAUGACAACCAGCCCACCAUGACCAUCAUCUUUCUCAGUGAAGAUGGAUCUCCCAGAAUCUCAGAGGGUGCACAACCAGGCCAGUACGUAGCCAGGAUCUCAGUUACUGACCCUGACUACAGCGAGUACGCCAAUGUUAAUGUGUCAUUAGAGGGAGGAGAUGGAAAGUUUGCCCUGACCACAAAGGAUAGCAUCAUUUAUCUUAUCUGUGUGGACCAGAUUCUGGACCGGGAGGAGAGAGACGCAUACGAGCUAAGGGUGAUGGCAACAGACUCAGGCACUCCUCCUUUAAGGGCAGAGUCCUCAUUUGUCAUCCAGGUGAUUGACAUCAAUGACAACCCUCCCCUGUUUGAUCAGCCAGUGUACAGGCAGGUGAUCCCUGAAGUGUUAUUUCCAGGGAGCUUCGUGUUACAGGUCACAGCUAGAGACAAAGACCAGGGACCCAAUGGGGACAUUAACUACAGCAUCCUGGAAGACAAAGGUGCUUACUCUGACUGGUUCAGUAUAGAGUCUGUAACAGGGAUUAUCACCACUCUCUCCCAGCUGGAUUAUGAAAAGAAUCCCAAUCCCAGUUUAACUGUGGUGGCCACAGAUGGAGGGAAACCACCCCUGUCCUCCACUUCUGUGGUAGACAUUGUGCUUCAGGAUAUAAAUGACAAUGAGCCAGUUUUUGAGAGAAACUUCUACAAUGUGUCCAUCAAGGAGAACACAGAUCCAGGGACCUGCAUUGUCGUGGUGACCGCAACCGAUGCAGACGGCGGCUCCUUUGGCUCCAUUACCUACUCCCUUCGCUCUGGCCCUAGCGCUGUUGUUCCCUCUCGGUUCACCAUUGGCAAGGAGACUGGCCAGAUCUGCACAAGUACUACACUAGACAGGGAUCAAGGGCCGGCAAGCUUCGACUUUACUGUUACUGCAGUAGACGGGGGUGGACUGAGCUCAGUAGUCUAUGUGAAGGUAGAUAUUGUCGACAUUAAUGAUAAUAGACCUACCUUCUACCCAGUUAGCUAUGCUGUCAGUUUGAGCACGCAGAGCGCCCCUGGGACAUCUGUUGUCAAAGUGACAGCCUAUGACCCAGACUCAGACGAAAAUGGCAGGAUUACAUACAAAACAGUACCUGGAGGGGCCUCCCCUUACUUUACUCUCAACAAAGACACAGGUGUCAUCUCUCUGUCUCGUUCUGUCUACGGGAAGGCCAACUCUGUGAUUCCCAUGGUAAUAUCUGCUCAGGAUGGUGGUGGUCUGUUAGCCCUCGUCAAUGCCAGAGUCAACAUCAGCGUGGUGGCAGGGCUGGUGGCGCCACCUAUGUUUGAACAGACUCAGUACUACUUUACUGUACCAGAGGAUGUUUUGAGUGGGACAGUCAUAGGCAUCGUCCAGGCCAGCAGUCAGACAGGCACUUCUAGAGAUAUCUCCUACACCAUCAGCUCUGGGGACCCAGCUGGCUCCUUUACAGUGGACCCUGACAACGGGGCCUUAAGGACCAGUCUACCCCUGGAUCAUGAAGCCCAGCCAGCUCUUGAUCUGGAGGUGCAGGCCCGCAGUGGCAACCCCCCUGCCUUUGGCCAGACCCGUGUCCACAUUACCAUCGCAGACAUAAACGAUAACCCGCCUGUUUUUCUGCCCCUGUCCUCGGAGUCCCUGCUGCUGCCGGAGAAUACAGAAAUGGGCACGGUGGUGUAUCGGGUCCAAGCUGAGGACAGGGAUUCUGGAGUGAAUGGACAACUCACUUUUGAGCUUUCUUCUCCAAGUGGAAUCCAGAGGACCUUCAGCAUAGAGCGCAGCAGUGGAGAGAUCCGAUUGGUAGGGCGCCUUAACUAUGAGACUGUGCCCCGAUAUGACCUACAGGUGAUUGCCAAAGAUAGUGGAGUACCCCAGCUUAGUGCCACCUUCGUGCUUGUGGCUCAUGUCCAGGCGGAGAAUAACCAGGGACCUAUGUUUGAUACCCUCACCUACCGUGUGGAGCUGACAGAAGGGACAUCCAUAAACACACGCUUCCUACAGGUCCGGGCUCUAAACAGAGAAACCACUGACUCAGGUUUCUUCAGUCCGCCGUCGUAUCACCUGCGUCCAGACGGAGAUGCUGCAGGGUUUGGUAUUGCCGCAGACAGUGGCUGGCUGUUUGUGAAGAGUGCCCUAGACAGAGAAUUAAAGGACAUGUAUCUUCUAACAGUGCUGGCCAGCCAAGGCCAUGGACAGCUGAAGAAGACGGGUAGUGCCACAGUGCGGAUAUCAGUAACUGAUGAGAAUGACAACGCUCCCCGGCUCACACAGGAGAGGGUCUUCAUGGCAGUGAGAGAAAACCUUGCUGCAGGAACGGGCUUUGGUCAUGUGAUGGCCUCAGACCGAGACAGUGGCCCCAACGGACGCCUCAGCUAUCGCUUCCUGCCCCCUGAUCGCCACUUCCAGAUAAACUCCCACACGGGUGAGAUCAGUACAAGGACUACUCUGGACAGAGAGAAGCAGUCGAGUUACCAGCUGGUGGUGGUGGUUCAAGACGGCGGUUUGCCCUCUCUCAGCGCCACGGGCACAGCCUUCAUCACUGUCCUGGAUGACAAUGAUAAUGACCCUGCUUUCACCCUCAACCAGUCGGGCAAAAGUUUCCUCAUACAGGUGACAGAAGGUCAGUCCUCUGGGCUUUUAUUGGGCAAGCUGCAAGCCAAAGACCCCGAUGAAGGGGAGAACGGAACUGUAUUCUACUCUUUGUCAGGUCCCAGAGCUGAACAUUUCUCUUUGAACCCCAACACUGGGGAGUUACAUUCCUCAUCCUCUCUCAGCCACUCGGAGUGGGCUGAGUACACUCUGACGGCGACAGCUACUGACAGAGGACUGCCCCCUCGCAGCACCUACUGCUCCCUCACCGUUCAGGUUCUCAGCAAUAACAGGCCAACUUCUAAGACAAAUUCAUUGUCCAUAUCAUUCAACUCCUUAGAGGAGGCCAAGCCUGGCUCUGUUAUUGGCUCGGUCCGCCUUCGUGACAGAGAAACCCCAGGAGGGGAAGGGGAAGUGACAUACAUGGUGGUGGGGGGUACAGACUUAGAUGGGACCUUUGUCGUGGACCGUCUGACCGGAGACGUGUACCUGGCUCGUCCUCUGGACUAUGAGCGAGACUUGCGCUACACUCUGCAGAUCGAGGUGGAUGACCUGUCUCAGGCCCUACCUAGCAGCACCCUGGUCCACCUAGACAUUGACGUAGAAGACAGUAAUGACCACGCCCCUCAGUUCCCCGAGGACCCCAUCACCGUUGUCAUCUCUGAGAGCACGGAGCCCGGCUCUUCCAUCUAUACUUUCCAAGCCACGGAUAAGGACGGCAGUGGGCCCAACAGCGAGUUGAAGUACUCCAUUCUCCACCAAUGGCCAAACGUGCCUGGCCUACUAACCCUCCACCCUUCCACUGGGGUUCUUUCUCUGGAACAGGAGCUAGACCAUGAGGUCAUUUCCAACUUGAUACUGGUUGUUAAGGCAACAGACUCUGCCCACGAUGCCAGCCAGAGACGCUGGGGUUCUGUCACGGCCAAGGUGUAUGUAACAGAUGAGAACGACAAUCCUCCGGUAUUUAGCUCGCCAACAGCCAUCAGUGUGAUGGAGGACCAGCCGGUGGGCUUUGUGGCGCUCAAUGUCAUGGCCAGAGAUGCAGACCAAGGGGAGAAUGGCAGAGUGACCUACAGCAUCCAAUCAGGCAACACUGGAGGAGCAUUCUUCCUCAACCCUACCACUGGCUCUCUGUCUAUUUUCAAACCUCUGGACCGUGAGGAGCAGGACAUCUUUAACCUCACAAUAACCGCUGAGGAUCAUGGGAUACCCCACCACUCAUCCAGACAGUUGCUGUGUGUCCAUGUGAUUGAUGUUAAUGAUGAGGUACCCUGGUUUAAGCAGAGCCAGUAUGAAGCACAACUUUCUGAGAACCAGCCUCAAGGAACUAGUGUGUUGACCGUAUCUGCCUCUGAUCUUGACCAAGGAACCAAUGGUCAGGUGACAUACGGUGGUAUCUCAGAGGAGCCUUUCAGCAUCAACUCAGUGACGGGUGUAAUAAUGACCACUAAGUCGCUGGACAGGGAGCUCCAGGAAUACUACACCAUGACAGUUUAUGCAAAAGACGAAGGCCUUCCCCCCAACUAUGCCAAAGCCACAGUGAGGAUCAGAGUGCUUGAUGAGAAUGACAACGCUCCUUUCUUUGGGCGUCUCUACUACAGCGUUGAGGUGCCUGAAAACCUGGAGACAUUGCCUCUGUUUACCCUGAGAGCCACGGACCAGGAUGAAGGAGCUAGUGGGGAGAUAAACUACAGAAUUACAGCGGGAGAUCCAUUGGGAGACUUCCGCUUAGACAGAGAGUCAGGUGUCCUGUUCACUUCAAGGCCUCUGGAUCGGGAGAAGAGGGCUGCCUACACGCUAACAGUCACAGCUCGGGACCAGGGCCAACCUGCUCUCAGCAGCACAGCUACCGUUGAGGUGACCGUAAUGGACACCAACGAUCAAAGCCCCCAGUUUCAGAGUAGCAGCUACACUGCAGACAUCUCCGAAGAUGUCCCCAUUGGCUCACUAGUCCUGGAGGUGAAAGCCAUUGAUCUGGACCAGGGCCUUAAUAGCCAGGUGAUGUACUUUCUGAGGAGUGGCUCCAAAAGCAUGUUCAUCAUAGACGAGAACACCGGCCGAAUUAUCACAGCAGCACCUGUAGACCGAGAGAGAACUGCCUCUUACACCUUUGAGGUGUGUGCCACUGACUCCUCCCCUGCAAACCCACGGAACUCCACUGCUCAGGUGACUGUCUAUAUUCAGGAUGUGAACGACAAUGCACCCUUCUUCAUUCAGGACCCACUUAUUGUGAACAUCUCCGCCAGCAGCGUGUCCAACCGCCAAGUACUUGCCACCAUGAGAGCAGAGGACAAGGACUUUGGGGCUAAUGGCUCUGUGUUUUACCGGUUUGCCAACCCUGUGAGGGGCUUUGCCAUCAACUCGCUGACAGGAGAUAUCCAGGCAACAGAGAAGCUGCAGACUCUGACCCAAAGCCAAAGGACUUUGAUAGUUCAGGCCAUGGACCAGGGCAACCCGGCUCAAUCUUCCCUGGGGGUGGUUAUUAUUUAUAUCCGGGAACAAAGCUACAGGGGGAUUUGCUUCUCUCGCACGGCUCGGGAUGUCAGUCUGCUGGAGAAUGCUGCUAAAGGCACUGUAGUAACACAGACUCAGGCCCAGUACCCUGAUGGCUCUCAAACUGGUAUCAUCUACAGUAUUUUCAGUGGAAACAAAAUGCAAUCUUUUGGAAUAAACACAAUUUCUGGUGAAAUAUGGGUCCAGAAUUCUGAAGAUCUAGACUUUGAGGAGACCCCUAAACUCCGCCUUGUGGUGAAGGCUGAGACGGCAUCCUCCAGCUCCUACAUGGCUGUCAACUUAAUCCUGCAGGACGUCAAUGACAACCUGCCCCGCUUCCAACUCCAGAACUAUGUAGCCUACAUUAGAGAGGCACAGGGCUAUGAUUUCCCUAUUAUUCAGGUUGCUGCAGAUGACCUGGACCAAGGCCAAAAUGGCCAGGUGACCUACUCUAUCAGGUCGUCAUCCAUGAGUGGUUUGUUUAAGAUUGACCCACUGACCGGAAGCAUCACCACUGCGGCUAUAAUGGACAGAGAGAUCUGGACCAAUACCAAGCUUGUUGUUACGGCAACGGACCGUGGAACCCCGCGGCUGGCUGGCUCUGCCACCCUCACUGUGAUCAUUGUUGACCUCAAUGACAACAGUCCCAUGAUUCCUCUGCAUCGGGAGAUCCGAGUGCCGGAAGAUACUCUGAUUGGCACAGUUAUCACCCAAGUAACAGGAAAUGACGUUGACUCAGGGCCAGCCCUCUCCUACACACUCCAUCUGGAUGCAAACAGUCAAGGCGUGUUUGGGAUUCACCGGUAUGGAGGAGGGGUGUCGCUAACCGGCCUUCUGGACUAUGAAGAAAGGACAUGGUACACUCUGACCGUCCGCUCCUCCGACUCGAAACAUCAGAGCGAGGCCAAUCUCACUGUGCUGGUUGAUGAUGUGAACGAUAAUGCCCCCAACUUUACACAGGACAUGUAUCAGGUGACUGUGUCAGAGCACCUCCCAGCAGGCAGUGCGGUCAUUACAGUAACAGCCACUGACCGUGACUCCGGGGACAACGGGAAGAUUACCUACAGAGUAAUGUCAUCAACCAGGGGCGUCUUCUAUAUUGACCCAAGCAACGGUACUCUGUUUGUCAACCAAAAAACCGAGUUUGAUUUGAAGAAUCCCUCCAUCCUGGUAGUUAUUGAGGUGCGGGACCAGGGAACUCCAUAUCUUUCGUCCAUUGCCAUUGUCCAUGUCCAAGUGUCCGAUGUCAACGAUAAUGCCCCCAUCUUUCACCAGUCCGAGUACAGAGCCACUGUGAGUGAAGACGGGCUUCCUGGAUCAACUGUUCUGACCCUAGAAGCUGUGGACGAAGACCUGUCCCGGGACAACUGUGGUUUUGAUUUUGCCAUUGCCAGUGGCAACUCUGGUAAUACCUUCCAGAUUGAGAGCAGCGUCCACUUCCUGGAGGGCCGGGGCUUCCAGACGGUUGGCAGCCUCAUCCUUGUGGAGGAGCUGGACUUUGAAGUAGUGCCAAGUUAUAACUUGACUGUUGUCGUAUCGGAUCGUGGAAUCCCCCAGCGUAGCUCCACCGUGCCCAUCCUCAUCAGUGUUACAGACGCCAAUGACAACCCUCCAGCUUUCAGCCAAGCGGGCUACAGUGUAGUACUGAGUGAGGGUGCAGCAGCGGGGACAGAGAUCUUGCAUCUUUCUGCCACAGAUCCAGACUCUGCUCCCAAUGGAGAGGUGCAAUACUCCAUAAGCUCAGGGGAUGAGACAGACCUUUUCCAGGUAGACAGGUGGACCGGAGCCUUGAGGCUGCGCAGAGCUCUGGACAACGAGAGACAGUGGUCCCAAAUUAUUGUUGUCCAGGCUACUGACGGUCAGGGCCAAUAUGCUUUGGCCCCAGUCAGUAUCGGGGUGAAGGACAUCAACAAAAACCGUCCCUUCUUUCCCCUCAAAAUAAUAACUGCGAGCAUCAGGGAAAACCAACCCCAGAAUGCCUUGGUCACUAUGCUGCAUGCGAUCGACCAUGACAGAGGUGUUUUUGGGCAGUUGAGGUACUACAUUCUCGACAACUCUAAAGAGGGAAGGGAGGCCUUUCUCAUGAACCAAACUACAGGAGAAGUACGGACUCGCUCUGCUUUUGACUUUGAGAAGGUAAACGCCUUCCAUUUUGUGGCUGUUGCCGUGGAUGCUGGCAACUAUUCUGCUACAGUAACUGUGCAGGUUUACGUAACAGGGGAGGAUGAAUAUGAUCCUGUUUUCACCUCCUCUGAGUUGUCGUUUGAAGUGCCUGAGGGAGCAAUGAAAGGUCAGAUUAUUGGCAUAGUGCAAGCCAGAGAUGAGGACGGAGGUGUGGACGGCAUUGUCCUCUACUCCCUAGCAAACAGCUCGCCUUAUUUUGAAGUCAAUAAGUCCACAGGAGUAAUUUCCUUAAAGAUGGACAGCUACAGAACACAUGCAUCUCGCUCUAAAAGAGAGGUGCGUGUGAUGACACUGGACGUGAUGGCUCACAGCCCUCUGGAGACGUCCCGCAAAGCAGUGGCCAAAGUUAGCAUAGACGUGACGCAUACAUCUUUCGGUCUCACCGCUGACGUGAAUGUGCUGCUCGUCAUUGUCAUUGCAGUUUCCCUUGGGACCAUAGUCAUACUUGUACUAAUUGCUGUGGCGCUCUUUUUUGUUAAAUUAAGACGUCAGAGGAAGGUGCAAAAAGCGCAUGGCCGAACGCCAGCGUCGGGCACCCUGCUGGACAAGUUUGAGGAAACAAAGAUAGCGGCAAAUGAAAUGAUUUACCACCAGGCCCUCCCUGGAUACACGUCUGAUCAGAGCGGCAGCAGUGGGGGUCCAUACCUUCGUGGAGGUUCCCUGGAUCCUUCCCACUCCAGUGGGCGUGGCUCUGCAGAGGCAGAGGCAGCCGAGGAUGACGAAAUCAGAAUGAUCAAUGAAUACCCUAGGGUGUCGAGUAUCUCCUCGUCAAUGCAGGAGCACAUCUCUGCCCGAGGCCCGGACUCUGGGAUCCAGCAGGAUGCAGAUCAGCUAUCAGACGUGUCCUGCGAGCCUUCCAUAGAUUGGUUCAAAGGAAAGAAACUGGGAAGUCUGAAUGGUACUUUAUUAGCUGGCCAGGUACCAGUAUACAGGGAUGAGGGGGGUGUGUAUGUGGGUGUGGGACGGGGACUGAGCAUGUCCCACCCUAAAGAUUACACUUUCCCAGGGGAUGGAAAGCCUACUGUGGAUGGCUCCCUGACAGCCAUCGUAGCCAGUGAGGAAGAGCUAAGGGGCAGCUAUAACUGGGACUACCUGCUAAACUGGUGUCCCCAGUUCCAACCUUUAGCAAACGUUUUUACUGAAAUAGCACGUUUAAAAGAUGAAACGGCUCCUCCUUAUCCUCGCAGGUCAUUUCACCACAAAGCAAAGGCAGAGUCCAGACUCGACCCCCCACCUCUCAUUACCUCUGUGGCCCACCCUGGGGCCAAAACUGUACCUCCGAAGCCUGCUGUCGGGAGGACCUUCCCCCACUUGGCGUCUUUACGAAGAUCCCCUAUCAGCGCAGAGGGAUCCAUUGCCUCAGCCGCCAUGUCUCCAAGUUUCUCCCCUUCGCUCUCACCACUGGCUGCACGCUCUCCUGCAAUCACGCCCUUCAGUGUCUCCCAGGGGCCCUCUGCAUCAAUGAUCAGCACAACGGAACACAAUUUAGAACACAGUGAGGAGGCAGAUCUGCGCAUUUGAAACUCUACCGACACAUCUUCAAUGGUGAAUUCAAACUGAGUCAUUUCUGUCCAAGACUUGUUCUACUGUAUGACCACAGCGGCUGCAACAUGAAAUGAUUCUGUGCUAUUCUUGAGAGUACACAAGGUUACACUAAGAAGUCCAAACAGCUGAAGCUGUGGUGCUUACUGAAGACUACAUGACUAACCGGCCAAAAUGGACUAUGCCUUUUUGUGUGUUUGUGUGAAAGGAACCCCUCAUUCCUCUGUUGAUCAGUGUUAAUUUGCACACGCAAAUGGCGAUUCAUACAUGAUGUCAAUAUUUAGUAAAAAAGCAUUGUCUAUAUUUUUAUAUUUACAUGUGGUUUCUGACAAGAAAUGGCAUUAAAGUGUCAAGGGGUUUGUUCAAACCUCAGAAUAUAUUUCUAUAUUUGUAGUUCGUACUGUAUACUUGUUUGUACUGUAAGUUGGUUUGAACUUGUAAUUCCUAACCUUGUGGUUUUAAAUGAAGCUCUUCAUCAUAACUUUAUGUAUGGGAACUUUUGUAAAAGACUAUUGUAAACAUUUACAGAGGAAGAGACAUUCUUGCUUGAACAAACGAAACAUCAGCCAGAAGAGAGUGUUGUGUGAUUAGAUUUUCUGUGCAUCCAAUGUGUGAUCUCACAUCAAAAGGUACGCAAAAUGCUGACAAGUUGUCUUAGUCCUCAGCACACGUCCCUUCCUUUUCUUGCAAAAAACUUGACAUCCAAUGAUCCUUUUUCUUCAGGUCCCCUGGCUUUAGUCACUCCGGGGACUGCAAACCUUACUGCUAUUAUUUUAUUGUAAAAAUAAUUCACGAGAGGAAGAACAUUAAGCAGCUACGUGGUAAAACAUUUUUGCUCUACCAGCAUCCUAAUUGUUCCAUAGAAUGUAAGCAUGUGUCAGUCAUUUGUCCACUCCUCUAAUGUUCAUCAUGAAAAUAAUAAAGAAAUGUUACUUAAGCUCUAAAUCAGUGCCAACCCGACACUGAAAUUAGAGUUUUUUUCCUUUUUGUCCUGAAUUUUUUGUAUAUAGAGUAUUUACUGACAAACUGAAAUAAGUUGUUUUGGACCACAUUUGUCCCCUCUUUUUCAAUAGCACUAUAAAGAAUACUAUAUGGAUUUAAAGUAAUACUAACAAAUGUUACAUACCGUAUGACGGAAGUAUGAAAAAAGGUAUUUUUUAUAAAUGUUCAAACACCACCAGAGAAUCUUUUAAUGAAAAGAAAUCCAUGUCAUGUACAUGUUCAGCCAUAAUUCACAUAAUGCUUUUACACAGGUGCCUAUACAAUUAAUACAUUUGUGAUCAUAAUUGUGCUUUUGGCAGACUUUACUAAAUUAAAUAAUGUGUGAACUUGCAUUAUUACCUACAUAGUGCCCUACUGUGGCCUAAAUGUUGAUUCCUCUCGCCUUCAAAUGAUUAUAAAAGUAUUUUGUUUGCUUAAUGCCCAUUUCUAGAGCCUUGCUAACAUUACCUUAAGUAACACUAACAUUCUGUAAGAAUUCUUUUAAUUUAUUAUAUAUGUGGACUUCGGAAGCUGAGAGGAUAAGUAAAUUAUUUAAGGAUGCUAUUUUUGACUUGGGCCAAAUAUACAGUACAUUAACACUACCUCUUUUGAUAGAAGGUACCUUGUUUGUUUUGUUUCAUAUUGAACAGAGUUACCUGCCACUUACGUUUCAUAUUUGUCCAAAUUUUGCGUGCUAUGGUGCCAUAGAAGAGAAGUUCCUCACUAGCUUGUCCAGAGAAAUGUUUUGAGCAAAAAGUGCCUGAUUAAAUUACUCGUGAACACAU